AUGGAAGACUUGGAGGAGGGAGCCCAGUACGGUGCCUUGCCAUUUGAUUACUAUGUGAUAGAACAUUGGCCCGAGGGAAUAAAGGAGAGCCCCCAGCAAUGGGAGCAACUAGUGUGGAAAUACCAAGAGUUGUCGCUUAUCGAUCGAUUUAGAUAUCAUGAUAGGGCAAGAUUGGUCCUUGCUCAGAUAAACUCGCCUGAUUUUACAAGUGAGCAGAUCCGAAUUUUAAACAUUCACCAGUCAAUCCACGAGCGAAAUAUUUGUGCAAAUCAAGAAGGUAGCAUGCAGACAGUCUGGCUUCGGACUUGCUACGAUGAGGACCUAAGCGAAAAAUACGAAGAUAUAAGGGCCGAGGGCGAGAUCGAACCUGAGAUCGGUUCUAAUCGGUAUCUCGACGAUAGUAACCGCUACGCCUUUGACGAUUGGCGACAGAUUCUCGUCCGAGUGCCAGGUAUCACAGACUUUAUGGGCAUUGAUAACGAAAGAGGUGUCCUUAAAUACCGGUCGUGCCAGAAUGACGAUGAGAUUCGGGCCCAAUGUGAGGAGCUAGAAGACGAGGAAGAUAGAGCCUUAGCCCUUAAAGAGCUAGAGUUUCAGGUUGUGGUGUAUCUACUAGACCGCGAGGCUAUUGAAACGGGUUUGAUCAAGAUGCUUUGGUUGGGCGAGCACGGCAACAGUAUAUGGGAGAACCGAGUGCAUCCAUAUACUGUGGAACGGCUUGCCGCAGCUUUUCUUGGCGCCACUCGGCUGAGCGAAAUGUCGGGCGAAGGCUCUGGUCGAGGCUCCUUGAUUAGUCGAUAG